AGAAACGAGACAACAACCAGAACACGAAUCCGAAACACUCUCUUGUAUCAUUCUCAUUAUUUUUUCGCGGCUUCUGAUUUGUUCAUCUUCUUCGAUCCAUAAAACCAGAAAAAUGGUGUUUCCUUGGAGAUUGAGGCGAAGAGGAGGGGACAAGAAGGAAAUAAUCACGGCGAUUGGAAACUCGGACACCGAUAUCACGAUUCCGCCGCAGUUUCAGUGUCCGAUCUCGUUCGAUCUCAUGAAAGAUCCUGUGAUUAUGGCUUCUGGGAUCACUUACGACCGCGGAAGCAUCGAGAAAUGGAUCGAAUCCGGCAACAAGACUUGUCCUGCCACGAACACUGUCUUGAAAACGUUUGAACAGAUCCCAAACCACGCGAUCCGCAAGAUGAUCCAGGAUUGGUGCGUCCAGAUGGGAUCGUUCAGUGGGAUAGAGCGUAUCCCCACGCCACGUGUCCCCGUGACUCAGCACGAGGUCUCCGAUAUCUGUGGAAAGCUGUCGGCGGCGGUGAGGCGUGGGGACCACAACAAGUGUGUAGAUCUUGUCGGGAAGAUCAAGAACUGGGGGAAGGGAAGCGAGAGGAAUAGAAAGUGUUUGAGAGAAAACGGCGUCGGAUUUGUUCUUUGCGUUUGCUUCGAGGCGUUUGCGGCGAGCCAAAACGUGUUUUUGCUUGAGGAGGUUUUGUCCGUGCUGACGUGGAUGCUUCCGAUCGGGUCAGAGGGUCUGGACAAGAUCGCGUCAGCUGUUUCUUUACGUUGCAUGAUGGAGUUAUUGAGGAGCAUGGACGACUCCGUUCGCCAAAACGCUGCGCUUUUAUUGAAAGAGCUAAUCGCGUUGGACGAAACGCACGCUCUGGCGUUAGCGGAGGUGGAUGGUGUCGCGGAGGCGUUUGUGAAUUUGAUUCGCGACGAGAUUUGCGUUAGCUCGACGAAAUCUUCGCUGACAGCGAUUUACCACAUGAUCUACUACAAACCCAAGAUGGUGUCGGAGUUUCUAGAGACGGGUCUGGUGAAUCUCGCGGUGGAGAUGAUCGUGGACGCCGACAAUAGCGUUUGCGAGAAAGCGUUAGCGGUUCUUGAGGCGAUUUGCAAGACGCGAGAAGGGAGAGAGGAAGUGAGCAAAAACGCGUUGGUGAUGCCGUUGUUGGUGAAGAAGAUGCCGAAGAUAUCUGAGUUAGCGACAGUGAGUUCGGUGUCAGUGAUGUGGAGGCUCUGCAAAACGGAGAACGCUGAGGCAGCGGUUGAAGAGGCGCUGCGUUUGGGAGCGUUUCAGAAGCUGUUGGUAGUGUUGCAAGUAGGGUGCAGAGGAGGAACAAAGGAGAAAGCGACAGAGUUGUUGAAGAUGAUGAAUGCACAAGUGGCUAAAAUGGAAGAUGGUUGUUUUGAUUCUUCCAUGGAUUUCAAGUACCUCAAGAAGCCAUUUUGACGUACUUAAAUCCGAGAAAUUUGAUUCCAGUGUAAGGUUUACAAGGAGAAUACAUCUCCUGAACAUUUCUCAGUGCUGUUUCUCCAUUUCCUGUCAGUCGCUAUCUAUCUCUCUAUUCACAAUCUAUGCAACACUAAAAAAACAGAGUAUGAA